AUGGAGAACGUCAAGGAGACCGAGAAAGCGACCCAGACCGUGACCCAGUGCCGGGUGGACCCAGGCCGUAACGUGCUCCAGCACGUGCCGCUGGCAGCACGCACCAGCGCUUCAGCGAGCCAUCAGAGCCCCAUGGAGAACAUACUUGGCGCUUUUGAUUCCUGGACGAAGAAGGCUGAGACCCUUGCUUCCAAUGUUUGGCACAAUUUGAACACUGCGCCAAACAAGCCAGGGGCAGCAUGGGGAAAGCUAACCCUAACCGCAAAAGCCAAACCGAGGGCGAUUCGAGUCCCAUAUACGUCAACGUUCACCAUGACCCCUCAAGAGCGCCUUGAAGAAAAGUUCGCCGUAGCUAUCCUGUCGUCCACGACGGGCCCCGUGGCUGGAACCCUCUACCUCUCCACGAUCAACCUCGCCUUCUGCAGCGACCGCCCCUUAUCAUUCACUGCGCCAUCAGGCCAAGAAGCAUGGAGCUACUACAAGGUGGUGAUUCCGUUGGCUAAGAUUGGGACAGUGGGUCCUGUGGCGGUGUCUGAGAAGGAGAGAUAUAUACAGGUUGUGACGGUGGACGGACAUGAGUUCUGGUUCAUGGGGUUCGUCGAAUUAAGAUAAGUGCGUCGAUGCAUUUACUGAUGGCGGUGGCGGAUGCUGCGGCGGCGAGGGUGAGAGGCUGCAGAAGC